AAAAAAAAAACUCAAACAUAUGGCUUGGCAUUAGAUAUGCCUGGCAUGGCAUUUAAUUUUAUUAUUGUAUUGUGUCAUAAUGAUUACAUUACGUAGGGCCUGAGGCAAUAUCACCCAACUUGAGUGUAAUAGGGAAAAAUACGGUAUAGAUAUAAAACGGUAGUGUCAGUGCAACACGUCAGUCUUAAGAUAAAUAUUCGUAAUAAAUAAUCUCGUUCACAACUUUUGUUAUCAAAUAAACAUUGUCUGUAGAGGUUAUUACUAUAUUUAUACGUUUCGUGAUAAAAGUGUUUAUUUUUAUUUGCGGUAGUAAAAUGGAAAUUCCGUCGAGUUACAAGUUGUGCGCUGCGACCGCGGCACUGGCUGUGGGUUGUACUGUUUCCUACCUAGCCUAUAAACGGCGAGGAAGGGUGCGCAACGCUAACGAUGUAUUUAAUUACUUGACUGUUAAAAUCGUGACUACUGAAGAAUCUUGUGACGCUGUUGUUGCUGAGUUGAAAAAGAGAUGUCAGAAACAUCGUGCUUUAGGCUUUGACUGUGAAUGGGUCACAAAUAAUGGAAAGCGUCAACCCGUUGCGUUAGUUCAGCUGUCUUCCCUUGAUGGCUACUGUGGCCUGUUCAGGUUAAAUACAUUGAAGACAGUCCCUUUGUCUUUAAAAGAACUACUAGAAGAUGAGAGCAUUUAUAAAGUAGGUGUGGGACCCAAAGAUGACAGCAAAUACUUGCAUAACGAUUACGCUGUGGAACUGAGGUCUUCCUUAGAUAUUAGACAUCUAGCGGAGUACUGUGGCUAUGAACCCGGAGGCCUGGCCUCGUUAAGCUCCGUUCUCCUGCGAGCCACUUUGGACAAGAGUUGGAGGGUCCGAUGCAGUGAUUGGGAAGCUGAGGAGUUAUCAGAAAGACAAAAGAAGUACGCAGCGAUCGACGCUCACGUAGCUAUUAAGAUCUUCGCUUUGUUACUAGAAAAGCUUGAAGAGAACUAUUCAAGUUACUGGGAGCUUGGCUACAACACUGCAAGUGUAUGGACCCGUCUAUAUGACUAUUGCUCCAAGUAUGCUGAUGUCGGAUAUAAAACUAAACAUACUAUCAAAUUGAAGGAUCACGCAAAAGAAAAGGACCCAAAGAUUAAGGAACCCACAAAGAGAUAUAAACUCACAAAACGCACGCGACCUUUGUACAACAAUGGCUACCUACAAGCUCCUGAUGGUGAACUGUUAUGUAUCUGUGACAAUAGGAAGGGAAUGUGGUUUGUGAACAAAGGCCUGGCAGAUCUGAUCAAGGAGGAUCCUCUCACAGUGCGCCUAAAGUUCGAGCCCGCCGGCCGAGCGGUCGGCGACGUCGGACGCUACUACCAGUUGGAGAAGGAGAACAAAUGUGUCGUUUGUGCCAGCACUAAUCACUGCAUCCGUAAGAACGUCGUGCCCAGAGAGUAUAGGAAACUGUUUCCUGAAAUCAUGAAGGAGCAUUCUUCUCACGACGUGGUACUAUUGUGCGCUGAAUGCCAUCAAAUGAGUAAUAUCCGUGACCAGCAUAUGCGCGUCAGUCUAGCAGAGAAAUGCAAUGCGCCUCUACCGUCCAGUUCCAAGGACAGAUUCAUUGAAGACAUGGCUGCUAAGAAAGUUAGGUCAGCAGCUCGCGCCCUGUACCAUGCGAACGACAAGCUGCCGGAGGUCCGACGCAAGGAGUUGGAAGACACCCUGCUGCAGCACUAUCCUGACCAGGAAGAGAUCACACUGGAACUACUGAAGGAAGCCUGUAGUAUACCAGUCGUAAGAGAGAAUACAGACUAUGAAUCACACGGUAUUAAAGUAGUAGAUUACUAUUUUAAACACACUAGUUUGCUCCAAUUGGAACAAGAGUGGCGCGAGCACUUCUUGAAGAACAUGAAACCUAAAUAUAUGCCCGCUUUAUGGUCCGUCAAACAUAACGAGGAAAGGUUAAAAGUAAAAUGGGAUGAGGGCCGACUAACCACAGAGGAUUUGAAAUCAAUUGGAUUAUCGACAUUUUAAAAUAUUGACAUUUGUUACAUGAAUUUAUGUUUCACAUAUUCAUGUGUCCAAAUAUUUGGGCCAAUGUUGGGCGAAUAUUUGUCUUGUAUUUGCCCGGAACUUGGUCUUUUGGCUCUCCGGCUGACGAGACGUUUGACUAUUGUAUACAGCAAUGACGAAUUGCUCAGAAGUGAGUAAAUAUGUAUUAAGAUGAGAAAUGAAAAGUUUUGAAAUUACUGUUUUUCAUGCAUUAUGCAGCAAAAAAUAAUUAUGCCCGCAUUUAACUGAAUUUUUCAUAUCAAGGUUUUUAUGAAUUUUACUGUAGGUAUAUUAAUUUUAUACCUAGAAUAAAUGACAGCUUAUUGUUUUAAGAUUGAAUUAAAAUUAAAAAUGUAAAUUACCAAAUAAAUAUAAGCAAUUUUUUAAAUUUUA